AUGAGGAACUCGAGUACGAUGACUCCCAGCGACAAAGUGACGUUUGCAAAAAUCUGGGCCACACAUGCUCCCCAUAAGGCAAAAAUUACAGUUUGGAGAACAUUGAGGAACAGGCUGCCCACUUGCAAUAAUCUCAAGAAGAGAAAUAUCCCUUUGGACGAGGUGGACUCUAUGUGCAAUGCUUGCUUCUCCCACAACGAGUCAAUCAACCAUGUGUUUCUUAGAUGUCAGAAAACUGAAAUGGUGUGGGACGAGCUUCAGAAUUGGCUUGGGACGACCACGGUUCGACCUAAUCAAGUGAGUACACAUUUCUCGACUUUCUCAAACUUAGGCAAGGGAAAGAGAAGUGGGAAGUUCCUGGCGUCAAUGUGGAUGUGUACUAUUUGGCAACUCUGGAAGGAACGCAAUGAUAGUAGAUUCGAAGGUAAACAACGGGAUGUUAAAAGUAUGAUUGCUGAGAUUAAGACUCGAAUGUGGAGCUGGAACAAAAUCUUUGACUUGCUUGAUCAGGAGCAAAACCUUUCUCUUUGGUGCUCUCAAGAGAUUUCAACUCGUAUUGUGUAA